CUUCUUCGUCUUUCCAUUUCUGCAUACCUCCGGAGUUCAUCUUCUUCACUCUUCAAAUCCCAGAGGAGAUGGAGAUCUAGGGAAGUGGGUCACAACCGAAAUCGAGUUCCAAGGAUAUCUCAACGAUAUUCGAAGGAGAUCCAUACCCAUUCAUGGCUGCACCCAUUAUCGGAGGCAAGGGCCAGAUCCAAUGGAGGCAGGGAGGUGUUGGUCAACGCCUUUGAAGAGACAAACCAGCUGCUGGGCGGCGCCAGAACGGUGGGCUCCUUCGAUGUAGGUGAAGACUUUGAUGAUCGCGUCACAAGGCAGGUAAGGAGCUUCAAGCACAACAACGUGGGGAUAGGUGACGAGGUAGGCGGCGCCUGCCUGGAAGCUGGCCUGGGCAGCAUCUACCAUAAGCGCCUAGGCGCUGGCUGUUGGAACUGGCGCUGGCUUGAAGUAGGAGGCAAUGCCUUGGAGUAG